UUCAUCAAGCUAAGCAAAUAAAUCAAGAUUGAGAAGAAAAUUAUUUGAUAGAGGAUGGCUUAUUUUCUUCAAGAGCUAUUAGUUGGAUUUCCAUUCAACUCAGCAGCAUACUUGGGUGAUAAUUCAUCAAACAAAUACUUGAUAAAUUCUUCCAAGUCCAACCACUACAAUAAGUCCAGCACAAAUUCAAAUCAAAGCAGAGCAAAUUCAGUUCUCACUAGGAUGAACAAUCUUGGGAGAAAAGCUGACAAUUUUGCAACUGGACUCAAAGAACAUGUGAAACUUGGGCCAAACAUAACCGAUACAGUGAAAGGAAAGCUGAGCUUAGGAGCUAGAAUUCUUCAAGUUGGAGGAGUGGAAAAGGUGUUCAUGCAACUAUUUAGUGUAAAAGAUGGAGAGAGGCUACUAAAAGCAUCUCAAUGUUAUCUAUCAACAACAUCUGGUCCUCUAGCAGGCCUACUCUUCAUAUCAACUAAUAAAAUUGCCUUUUGUAGUGAGAGAUCAAUUAAAAUCUCUUCUCCAAAAGGUCACUUUAUUAGAACAUAUUACAAGGUCAUUAUUCCACUUGGGAAGAUAAGGGUUAUUAAUCAAAGGGAACAUGUGAAGAAGUCUACCCAAAAGUACAUUGAAAUUGUUACGGUGGAUGAUUUUGAAUUUUGGUUUAUGGGUUUCUUAAAUCAUCAGCAAGCUUUCAAAUAUUUGAAGCAAGCUAUUUCUCAAUCUUAG